AUGGCUUCUCCGCUCCUUCGUUCACAGUCUUCGCGAAUUUUCGCCGGCCUCGCUGCGGCUCUCGGCGGCGGCUCCGCUCUCUACGUUUUCUCCCCCCAGGUACUGAAGAUCUUCAUAUAGUCUGUUCAGAUUUUUAAUGUCAAGUGCAAUGACGUCAUUCAAGAACACUCUGUGGAUGGCUCGCUCUCUGAUUGGUUUAUCGCACCAUUAGGGGCGGAGCUUGAGCGACGACUUGACAUUCAAAAACUGAACAGACUAUAGAUUCCGCAUGAACGUGGUAUUCAGGCGCACGCCAAGAGUGAGGUCGACUCGGCGACCAUCAAGAAAAUUGAAGAGGCCUACCAGAAGCUGAACGGACCGGAAGGCUCCAAAUGCAAAUCGUUGCUCAAAAAACACCUCACCAAGGUCCCUCGAAAACGAAAGCUUCUUUAAACUUUCUGCCUUUACAGGAUGUUGUUGAUCAGUUGAAAACGAAAAAGACAAAGCUUGGAGCUACUCUUUAUGACUGUAUACGCUCAGGUUUGUCAUACCGGAGGUUCAAAAAAAAAAAAUUUUUAAGUCGUUUUCCUGGGCGCAAAAAAAGUAGUUCUCCGUAAAGCUAUUUCAACGAAAAUAUAAUGAAUAUCAGAGAAUAAUGCUGUGUUCAAAGUGAUUCCGCGAAAUGCAAAAUAGCCGUCAGAGAAAGAAAAAGUUAACAAAAUUUUGGAGAGUCAGAGAUAAUUUUGCAUUUUGCGGAAGCCACUUUGAACACGGCAUGAGAAAAAUAACUAGAAUUUUGUAGAUUCGGAGCAGUUUUUAAAUUUAGCGCUUCGAAAAAUACAAGGAGCUUUGUAUUUUCAAAAAGUGAAAUUUGAAUUUCAUGAGUUGUAGUACAAAGUGCUUAGCAAAGGAUCUUCAAUCAAUUUUUGAAAAAAAUAUGAAUAAAUUAAUCGCUUUUUUUACGACCUCUCAUGUUAGAUCUUCCUAAAGGUGUGUACAACUUGGACGCCGGUGUUGGCGUGUACGCGCCGGACGCCGAAUCCUACCGUAAAUUUGCGCCAUUGUUCGACAAAAUCAUCGAAGACUACCACGGCUUCUCGUCGAAGCAGAAACAGCCGCCUGUUGAUUUGGGCGAGAACAAAAUCAAGGUUGCCGUGGCUAGCAGCUGAGCUAAGACCACAGUUUCAGGAAUUUCCUCCACUCGACCCCAAGGGAAAAUACAUCAAAUCGACGCGAAUCCGCUGCGGUCGCUCACUUCAGGGCUAUCCAUUCAACCCGUGCCUCAACCAGGAGAACUACCUGGAAAUGGAGCAGAAGGUCAAGAAGGCGUUCAAUUCUUUCACGGACAAGGAACUUCAAGUGCAGUCGAUUCCCAAAGGCUCUUUGACUUGAACUUGUUCAAGGGCAAAUACUAUCCGCUCGAUGGAAUGUCUAAGGACACCCAAAAGCAGCUGAUUGCGGACCAUUUCCUGUUCAAAGAGGGCGACCGCCAUUUGCAGCACGCCAACGCCUGCAACUUUUGGCCCAAGGUGAUCUCUUUUAUUUCUCUUCCUCUAACACGGAUGAAUUAUAGGGUCGUGGAAUCUACCACAACAAUGACAAGACUUUCCUGAUCUGGGUGAACGAGGAAGACCACAUGCGCAUCAUCUCGAUGGAGGAGGGUUCUGACGUUGGAAAGGUUCUUGACCGUCUUGUUCGCGGAGUCAAGGUACACAUGACUCUUUGCAAAUCACCCAUGACGACUUGCAGAACAUUGAGAAAGUCGUGCCGUUCUCUCGUGACGAACGCCUCGGCUGGUUGACGUUCUGUCCCACGAACCUCGGAUCGACGGUGCGCGCCUCUGUCCACAUCAAGCUGCCUAAACUCGCCGCGCGCAAGGACUUCAUUGUUUUUUUCAAAACUUUUACUAGUUUACUCAGCAUUUUCACUUAAGGAUAUUUGCGAAAAACUGAAUCUCCAAGUGCGUGGCAUCCAUGGCGAGCACUCCGACGCCGUCGGCGGUGUUUAUGAUAUUUCCAACAAGGUUUCGAAUAGCUGUUUAUAAAUCAUCACCAAAGUAUGAUUUCAGGCUAGAUUGGGUCUUUCGGAAUACCAGGCGGUUAAGCAAAUGUACGACGGAGUGAAAAAGCUCAUCGAGAUGGAAGAGAAGGAAAAGUGAACCGUCCGGCAGCAAUAGUUUUAAAUAAAAAUAUUAUUUUCCUUUCUUUGAAUUCAAAUUUUUAAAGCGUGAUAGCACACAAUAAAAAGCACAGCGAAGUCGGCAAACAUCAACAUCAAGAGAAAUUUCUUCGCGAGCUCUCGAGCACAUAUCAAAGAGCUAGUUCGCGCCAUUGAGAAUCUUGAAAAAAGCCGCCAAUUUGGAAUUUUUUAAUAUUUCUGUUCAAUUUUUAUAUUUUUCUCAUUACCGUGGCAUUAUAAUGUAAUUAUGUAAUUAUAUUAUCUAUGAAUCAUAAAAAUUCGUUCAUAUCGUUUAAAUAGAACUUCACUAAUCGUAUUUGUAAGGUACGUAAAAAUAAAAAAGGAAAUGAAAGAUAUCCACGAUUAACUAAUAAUUUUUCUUUCUCAAUUUUUGUUCUAGAUGCAUAGACUACUUUUAAAAAUAGUUUUUAUUUCUUUCAUGCAUUUCACAUUGUGGCUUCAUGUUACUGAAACUUAUUUUUUGGUGAAUAAUCGAAAAACUUCAGUUUGACGUUAAUUUAAUUUUUCUCGAAUGUCGCUUUCUAUGUAAAAUUGAAAUUCCGUUUUUGAUUAUAAAAACUGAUUUAGAAUGACGCUGAGCGAUGAACUAGAAGCAGUAUUGAGCUCGUUUUUCGAACAUGUCAACGAGUUUGCCGAAGAGUGGACUAAGUGCACAAUUGAUUGCAAUUUUGAAAAUUUCGAAGCUUUUCUAACUGAUUCUGAAAGCGUUUUUGAAGAAGAUCAGACGAUUGGACUGCGGAAAUGUAUUUAUCUAUCUUCAUUUUUUUCAAAUUUUUUUCAGUGCAUGAUUUGGUAACACGUAUCAAUACAUCGAAUCAAACAAUAGAUCUAACGGAAGUGUUCUCAAAAGCAGAAAUUCAUCCUAUAAAAUUCCUACUCUUCCUGUGGUACUUUCUCGAGACCUUCAAAAAAGCUGAAUCGUACGUCCUUUUCAUAAUUUUUUUUACCACGGAUUUUUUUCAGUAAGCCGGAACUUGGACCUCUGGCAGCGAGUAUAUACUUAGAAAUGUGUAUCAUGAAAGGGUCCAAAACUGUCCGCUUUUUUCAAGAAGCUAUUUAUCAGGCAGUUUUCGGAUUUUCUGCUUUUGAAGUUUGAGAAUGUUUAGAAGUGCUUGAAGAUUUGUCGCGGUUUGAGCGUUGUGCUUCGAUUUGGAGAUGUCACUAAAAACAAAAAGGGGAAACCAAAGUCGAAAAGUUCGAAGAAAGCAGUCGCUCUAGAAGAGAACGUCGACGAGACGGUAGCCGUUGAAAGUCAGUUAAAAGCAGUUUUUCUGAUAAACCUGGUUCGUUCAGAUUCGGAAGAUGUUGAAAUUUCCUCAGAAGACGCAGAUAAUUAUCUCCAAACUAUAUUUGCCGCCCUUUAUCAAUUCAUUUCCAAAGGUGAGAUUUUCCGCUGACACAAAUUUUUGAGGUUUUUUUCAGGCGAGUUCUUUCUUCCGGAGGAGUGUCUACUGUCGACGAUGGAUAUUGUCGAAGAGUUGGCCCGAGUUGACAUGAAACGAGGAUCGACGUGCAGUCGCGUCGCAGAUCUCGACCAUUUCGAACGACUUUCGAAGUGGUGCGAGCGCUGCUCUGCGAUCGUACAUGCCGUCGCCGAGAGACCCUUCUCGAGCUGUCUCAAGAUCGUGAGUGGCUGAACAUUUCUUCUUACAAUCAAGCGGGAUCAUAUAUAGCUGAUUCACGGUCGAAAAAAGGGUCCUGACACGAUAAGAAAAGAAAUAGUGUCUGGUUGAUGUAGAGCGCAGACAGGCCACGCCCCUAGCGUCCCAAGCUAGCGAUGAAUCGGCUGUACUUUGCUCCCGCUAUGUAUCCGUAAGGAAAUCGCUAAAAAUCCUCAGAUUUUCACCUAUUUUCAAAUAAUUGAGAGGGAAUCAGUCAAAAAUGAUCAUUCCAUCCUAAAAACUCAUUUUAACACAAACACCGUUGCUCUGGCGAGCAAUUACAACCUUACAAAAAAAAAAUUAUUUUUAAUUUUGAUGAAACUUCAUCCAGUGUAAUAACCUAUCAUUAAAAAAGCGGACACAACCUCUUGAGCCAUUUCCUCUUACUGUGACCGGGUUACGGUAGGCAGCUGAGCAUCCGCAAAUCUAAGUGUUCAAGAGUUUUUAAUAGGCAAGUAAUAUAUCGAUAGGUAACCCAAUUCUAGGAAUUCUUACAGCACAUACCAUCUCGGACUACUGUAGAAAUUUUUGAGUUACGGUACUUUUGUGUUUGAAAAGUAGGUAUUUCCGUUUCCAUAGAAUCGCAUCGUGAUUGCUUCCAUGGAAUAUGUCUUUAAGCAUGCUCUAAACAAUGCCAAAAAAAAAGUUAGAAUUUUUGAACCUAACAUCCGAACGGGCGCAUCUUGGUACUUGCCGGCUAGAGUUGGUCGUGUUUGAAGAUUUUUCACAUUUAUGUUUUGUUAGAUAUCGUUGUGAAAUUUUUUCAGGUGUACGGACGACUGAUCAGGCCCCGAAUCGCAAUGAUUCCUUUCCCAAACGAAGGCGACAAAAGCGAAAAGUCGACAGAGAAGUCCCAUUGGGCCGACCUUGCUGUCAGUUUCGUCACAGGCAGAGCAGCUAAUAAAAUCUCGGUUCUGGAGGUCACCUUGAUCCGAAAGGUGGCGUGAAUACCUUUCAGACGAUUAAAACGACUUUUUGCAGACUCUCAUGCAAGUUUUCGUCCAAUGUCCCGACCGUCAAGACUUCCGGACCAACAUUGCUCAAAACGUGGCCAAGAUUCUUGGCAGCAUGAGCUAUGCCUUCCAAUACGUCAGUUUGAUCGCACUAUUUUUGAUAUUAAUUUUCGUGAAUCAUCGUUGAAAACGCUGAUUUUUUCUCAAAAAAAAGAAAGUUUCUCAAUGAAAGCCACAUGUCGCGUUAUAGUCUGUUAAAAUUUUUAAUGCCAAGUCAACGCUCAAACUCCGCCCCUUAUUCGUAGAUCAAGCCAAUCAAAGAGCGGGCCAUCCACAGAGCUGGGGGCGGAGUUUGCUGCUUGAAGUUUAAAAUCUGACUUUUUUCCUCGCCACUGUACAUUUUUCAUAAAAUUCCCGGGAUCUCGGACAAUUUCACCGCUUUAUUAAUUUACAAGGGUGGUAAUUUUAGUUUGCGGUUGGGAGUUUUCUGAAAGUUCGUCACAAUAUCCCUCAAAGUAUCAAUUUAAAGCCUUGAAAGUCUCAAGAAUUUCAAGAAAUAAGGGCUCAAAGCACCAAAAAAUGGCCUUUUUGACUGAUUUUAAAGGUUUUCUUAGACUCUGGGCCCUUAUUUCUCAAAGUUGUGUGGUUUGAGGCUUUCAGAAUCCUUUUUUGGUACCCUUAGUAAGGAGUGCUCUGACAGAUUUUCAGAGUAUUCUUACCCAAAUUAAAAUGACCUUCCUUGUCAGUUCUUAUAAUAUAUGGACUUUCAAAAAUAUUCUCAUAGUUUGCUGUCAUUCGAAUCUAGUAAAAAUCGUGUAGUUUUUUUUAAAAAAUUUCUGUGUGGUUUCAAGGCGCAUAAGUUUCCAUGAAAGCAUGAUGAUGCCUAAAAAAUUCCCCCACUUUUGAAUGUUUUCAGGACUUUGUCCAAUUGAUGAAUCUGUUUCUCAACAUGAAAACUUCGGGUAUCAAGCAGAUUUCCAUUGAGUUGUCUCGUCUAAUACUCGAUACCAUCGGUAUAUCACCGAAAGUCGUGUUCAAAGUGAUUCUGCGAAAUCGAAAAUAGCCGUCAGAGAAAGAAAAGAAUAACUAAAUUUUGGAGAGACAGAGAUCAUUUUGCACUUCGCAGAAAUUACUUUGAACACAUUAUAAAAUUUUCAAAAUAUUCAGUUUUUACAGAAUUCGACAGUCCCGAUCCUGGACCUCUGGAAAUUGUCCAAGAGAAUGAUGACGAUGAAGUACAAGAUGCGCCUGGAGAAGAAUCCGAGGCCGAUCAGACUGACUGUGAAGAUCGGAUGGUAAAGUUUUUCCAACAGACUUUUCCACUUGUUUUUAUCUUAAGGAUGAAAGCCGAUCGGAUGAUGAGGACCGUAGAGUUGACAAAAAGAAAAAUACCACCAAGGCAAAAGAGAAAAAGAAAAAGUCGAAAAAAUCACCGUAAGUCGAUUGAAAAAAUCAGACCAGCAUGAACUUUUUUGUUGGAGAGAAGAGGGCUAUACUUGAAUUUUUGUAAUCGGAAGAUUCUAUUCUGAUUUUUGACACCUAGGAAUAGUCGAAAAGGGUGGAAAAAAGGUCCAUAGAAAUGUUCCUUUUUUGCUGCCUUUUUGCGCCAUUUCAUCGGCUAUUAUGCACCCUUUUUGCUGAAUCUCCCCUUGUCCAUCAUUUCUUGAGCCUUCAAAAUCUCAGAAAAAAAAUGGAAGGUUCGAUAAAGGGACUCUCUUUGCUACCUUUCUGCGGACUUUCUGCGACCUUUUUGCUACCUUUUUGCUGCCUUUCUGCGACCUUCUUGCGGCCUUUUUUGAGCCUCUCCCUUCUAGCGGUCAUUAUCCACCAUUCUGACUUUGCCCGAGACAUACACUGCUCCACAUAAUUAUAUAUCCACCUGAGAUUUUUCGAAAAAUCGAAUAUUGUGAGUGUUUCUGAAAAUCUUUUUGUUGUCAAAAGAUGGGAAUUUUGAUCAGAUUAAUAUAGCUAUCAACAAAAUUCCUAUUGAAAAAAAUAAAUGUUUUUUUAAAAAUUUCAAAUUUUCAAAAAAAUCGGAUUUUCCGUUCCACAUAAUUAUAUAUCCACCUAAGACUUUAAACUUCUUGGACCUUUUUUUCCGGUUUUUUGUAUCAGUUAUCAUUUUCCCAUCAUUUUUGUUUAAAAAAAUAAGAAGAAUAAGAGCAAAAAGGUUUUCGAAAAAGUAGAGGAACCUUGGAUUUGAUCAGAAAACGGUCACGGUGCUGUUUUGUACUCCAGCUCCACAGUCAUCAAUGUGAGGAUUGAACAUUCAUAAUCAGGGUUAGCUCUGAAGUUUUGACAGAGUUUAUCACAAAAAAGAUUCUUAAAUGGGCGUCAAAUUUUGAAAAAAAUUUCAAAAACCGUGAGCGCCUUUGACAAAGCUAUCAGUUUUUUGAAUUUGAACUCGCUUUUCUCAGUUAUUGAGCGGAGAAAUUCUUAAUCUACAAUGGAACAAGGCUGAGGAAGAAAUCAAAAAUAGUUUCCCAAAGCUGAAAAAACUUCAGAGAAACAAGAGUAAAAAAAAGAAAAUUUGGUGAUUUCGAUUUUGUUGACUUUCUGUUUAAUUUUCUUCGCUGAAUAAGGAUAAUUAUGGUUUGUUUAAUGUUUUAAAACAAAAAUAUAACUGUAAUUCUUAAUCAUGAGAAGAAAAAAGUAAUUUAAAAUUCGAAGAAAAAAAAAUUCAGAUUCCUAUAAAUUUGACUUGAAAGUCCCUUAGUUAUUUACCGAUUUCGGUGACUCUUCUUUGCUAGAAGCAGGGUUUUUUUGAUGAGACCAACUACUCUUGAAGUAAAAAAACAAUUUUAUCUCAGAAAAAGUUUACAGAAAUGGUCCGAAGACAUUUAAAGCUUCCUAUUUUUGGCGAAAUUGCGAAAAAUUCAUAAAUGUUAUCGGUAAACUCCCUCUUUUCAAUGCAAAAGAAAUAUUUAAAUGAAGUUUUUUUGAACUUAAAUUGUUGUUCACAAGUACAAAAGUACUUAUGAAAUCGAAAUAUUCACAUCAUAAUCGAUUCAAGAGAAGCUGAUGUAAUGAACAGCACCGCGACCGUUUUCUGAUCAAAUCCAAGGUUCCUCCACUUUUUUUCGAAAAACUUUUUUUGCUCUUAUUCUUCUUAUUUUCAAAAAAUGAUGAGAGAAUGAUAACUGAUACAAAAAAACCGGAAAAACAUGGUCCAAAAAAAGUUUAAAUUCUUAGGUGGAUAUAUAAUUAUGUGGAACGGAAAAAUUCGAUUUUUUUGAAAAAGUUGAAUUUUUUUAAAAAAACAUUUAUUUUUUUCAAUAGAAACUUUGUUGAUAGCUAUAUCAAUCUGAUCAAAAAUUCCCAUCUUUUUGACAACAAAAAAGAUUUUUUUAGAAAUUCUCACAAUAUUCGAUUUUUUUCGAAAAAAAUCUCAGGUGGAUAUAUAAUUAUGUGGAGCAGUGUAUAAUCAUUCAUUUUCACUUGCGAAAUGUCUCCUUUUAGUUAUUAUUUUCUCUUUAUUCUUUAUUUUUUGUUGUCUCUUGUUUCAAAGUACAUACUCGGAACAUUUUAGCUCUUCAAUCGUACGAAAAGACGCCCAACAAAUUCUCUUCAAUAUUUUGCUAAUGGGAGUCCUUGACAAGGUAUUAAUGAUUAGAAAAUCUUUUCAUCAAGACUUUCAUAGAAUCCGACUAUCCGAUGCCGGUCGGUUGGACAUUUCGCCCGAUGCAUUGAAGACGUGUCGUACUGCGAAGAUUUCGUCAAACACACUAAUAAUCUCGUAAAAAGAACUCAAUUUUCCUUCAAAUAUCAGUUUUGUAGGCGCAAUCUCUGGAAGACAAGUUCCAGAGACUGAACGUCGAAGAAGGAGCUGAAAAAACGGCCGUCCAGGAAGAAAACGACGCAGAUGUGCUCUUCAAAAAGGUUUUCAAGCAGUAAAAAAAACUUUGUUCUGAUGUUUUUUUCUAGCUCGAUGUGCUCGAAAAGAUGAACGAAGGAAAGCCGAUUUAUGAGAAAGAUUUCCUUUUUUCCAUCGUCCAACGACUUCUAACAGACUCCAAGGUUUUUUUUCUUAUAGAGAAGAAAAUCUCUUUUGCUUUCAGCCUCUAGUCAGAAAGGCUUCUUGUCAAGUUGGGAAAAUAUACUUGAGCAGAUGCGCGGAUCGCUCAAAGUUCAGCACGAUUAUUAAUUUAAUGGAGGUUUGAUUUUGUUUUUGUUCUGAAUUUUGUCACGAAUUUUUAGGCACUUUGUCGAGAUAAUACAGCGGCCGUGAGGAAACACGCCGCGCAGACGAUAAACGAACUCAUGACGGAGAACAAAAUCUCGUUCAAGUGAGUCCUUUAGUGCACCCGCCGCGUUUUCGCGUGUCUGCGUCUCUCUGUUCCCUCACCGGUGAGGUCAAAGAAAAUUGGAAAUAACGCGUCAACAAGAGAGUGUCGUCGAAAGACGAGGAGGGCGCAGAGAAGUCCCGCCCUUUCUCUCUUUUUGCUUCCUGCGAAUAUGUAGAUGUUCACGGUUACUGAAUUUGUGUUUCCAAGAUUUUAUUUAGUAUCGUUAGGACGUUGGAACCCGAGAUUAUUUUUAACUGUUUUUUGUACUAUGGAUUUCCCUUAAAAUAGAUUUUCUACAUGAGGAAAAUUCAAAAGGAUUUUCGAAAGGGUUUCAAAAGAACUUUCUAGCCAUUUUAGGUGAAUAGGACAUUUAGGAUGAAAAUGGGUUUUGAAAAGGAAAACAUAGGGCGUUUUCUAUGGUAGAAUAGCGUUAUAUAGCUCAUUCACGGCUGGCUUGAGCCAUCGAAAAAUGGGUCCUGACACGAUAAGAAGAGAGUUAGUGACUUGUUUGUUGAUGGAGGGCGCAGACAGGCCACGCCUUUUUGCGUCCCAAACUAGCCGUGAAUCAGCUAUAUUCUAUGUAUUCUCUCCCAUGUUUUAAUUGUUUAAUGAAAAAAACUUUCUUCUAGAGACUUGAUGAGUGAGAAAUGGCUAAACUGUCUUUUUCCAUUGCUCGAAGACGCCGAGUCAGAAGUUCAAGCAGUCACGAAGGAAUUAGUCUUGGUAGGCGUAUCCCUAAGUUCGUCCAAAACUUUUUCUGCCUCAGAACGUAGUCGUUCCCCUCCUCGAAGCUCCUAACGACCUGACUUGGGAGCUUCUCAAAGUCAUCGAAGGGAAUCGCCUCUUCAGGUCUGUAUUUCUGCGCCGUAGCUCUAAUCGACAAGUAGUACAGGCAGUACUUUAUGACCACAUUGGCAGAAGGCGCGCGCACUAAAGUGAUCACUCCAGCGGUCGCUAAGACCAUGGAGAAUUACCUGCACGACGCUCAGGGGAGCACCUGCGCCUGGAUGGUCUUCUCUCAACUUUCUAUCGUUUUCAAGGUUUUCUAUCGCUUCCAAAGCGAAAACUUCUCCUUACAGACCAAUGUGAACAUGGCAAUCGACGCUUACUACGUCAUGGACAACAUGGAAAUCAACAAAUCGGUAAUCGAUUCCUUUCUAAAACUCAUUCAAUCCAAGCCUCCAGGAGAAGUAUAUCAUCAAUUUAAUCGUUUCGUGUUUGGAGCAAAUCGGGUCGGAUGAAAAGAACAAACUGUUGAAUUCGAUGAAAAAUCAAUUGCUCAACUUGAGGUUUGGACAAGUCGCAACAUCAUUAUUUCUUUUUCGCAGAAUUCAUCAAGAGAACGUCAAAGAGGUCUACCUUUGUGUGGCGAAGCUUCUAGACGGCGUGGGAGAGCAGGCGACGGGGGCCGACGCCCUGAAGACGUUCGCCAAGACGACGCUCGACAAGUGCUUCGACGUGUUGACCACGGCCUGGCGACUCGGGCUGAGCAAGGCCGAUUGGGACAGAUGGUCCUCUUUUUUCCUCACUGAAAAAAGAAAACUAUGCAUUUCGUUUCCGAUAUACUCGAAUUAGAUACGCACAAAAUACUGUUUCCUUUUUUUUAUUCAUUUUUAUUUAGUUAAGUCUAAGCUCAGAAAAGGUAACAAGUCUGUAGAGGGCUAUAAGUAAUUUUUGCGAUAUUCGAGAGGUUCUUUACAAUUAUUACUGAGGACUGUCUGAGCAUACUUUUAUUUCCACAAACCAAACAAUAAAACUGUAAAUCAUAGACAAAGUCGGAAGGAGCCUUAACGGGUUCUUUGAGCUUCCGUUAUGGAUGCAAUAGGUUUUCAUUAAUUGAUCUUAGUGGGUGGCAACAGUUUCCUUUUUACUGCCCUUUUCCGUCCUUUCAUCGGCCUUCAUCCACUCUUUUAGGACCCUUUUGAGAAACAAAUAAUUUUUUGUAUUGAGAAUGAUCUUUAUCAGUACUGUAUACGAACCAAAAUGUGCUACUGGAAUAAAUCGGAAAUCAUCAAUGGCCGACUUUCAGCACACUUUUUGCACCCUCCUUCUUUCUUCACCCUAUUUGCGGCCUCUCUCUUUUUUCACCCCUUUUUUGAAUCUUUUUAGCUUACCAAGAAAGAAAGGUUCAAUAAAGGCCGGAAAACAAAACCUUGUUAGCGGUCAUUUUACAGUCACUUCCUUUUUGCAACCGUAUUUGUUUAGUUCAAUAACUGAUAAAAAGAGUAAAUGAUUCCUCGGUUAUUCGGAAUGGGAACUUGUAAACACCUAUAACCUCUUCAAAAAUAGCUUCCCAUUAAGUAUAUUGAUGAUUCCAGCCAGGAAGAAGAAGAGACGAAACUGAUCAGGGCGCUUCAAACAGUCAGCGAAGCCCUUCAGUAUUCCCCUUCGGUUCUGGAACAAUGCGACCGAUUUGCCAAGACUCUUCUCUUCAUUCUCCAGUACAGAGACGAGGAAUUGUGCAAUUGUACGUGAUUUGAAGUCUUUAAUCAUCAUUUUAUUCUUUUCUUCGAUAGAUUUCAGAAGUUUUUUUUUAUUUUCCAUCAUGUCUUUGGUUUUCUGGAAAAGUUUUUUGAAAAAGCCUAGACUAUUGGUUGGCGAGUCAAGAACCGAAAAAAACCUCGAAUUUGGACCUGACUUACAAUUUUUAGAAAAAAAAAUCUAUUAAUUUAGAGCCCUAUUCAUAUUUAAACCUAUUGAGGUUGUGAAAAGUUUUCGAUAUCAACUGAAAAAUGUUUCCUGAGGUUUUUGUAGGAGUACAGAUUGUUUUUAUGUCUUCCACGGUUCUAUUUCAGGCCACGCGAGUUUUUUGCGCUUAGAAAUAUCUCAGCAAGUAUUUUCAAACAUAUUCUAUAGUGACUUGACAGUUUUCGAGUGUCUGAGUCUCUCUGUUCCCUCACCGGCGAGGUCAUAGAAAAGCGAAAAUAGCGCGUCAACAAGAGAGACGAGGAGGGCGCAGAGAAGUCCCGCCCUUUCAAGUCGCGAAAAAUGGACCGCUAUCUCAUAUCUUUCUUUCAGCCGUUUCCGGCCUGACGACUUAUGCUCCGAACUCGCCGCGAAACCGUUUCUCACAGAAUCCCGAAUCGGUGAGCCCUCCGUCGAGAAAUAGGAGUGGAAGAUGUUGUUCAGCAACCGUUCGUCGAAUCUCAGCCGACGAUGCUCGAGGGGCUGCAGGGGUCUCACAUGAAAGAAGUUCCGUUCAGCGUCUCCGUCAGAGCCGUCUGCGCCCUCGUCUUCUGCAACAUGUGCAUCGCCGUCAGUCCACUCUGCGUAUCCCAAAUCAUCGUAGUCUUGUUAACAGGACGAGAGGCUCCUUAUCACGAUUCCCCGGUUGGUCAAGCAGUUGCAGAACAACGUUUCCUAUCAGAUCCGCUCGAAUAUUCUUGUUGGAUUGUCCGACGUCAUUGAAACGUCUGUUUUCAACCAAGGAAACUUCAAGGUUUUAUCGGUUUCAGGUACAAACUAGACAGGUACUCGUACGCGUUGGGCGCUUGUCUCAACGAUCCGUCGGUUUUGAUCCGAAGACAGGCCGUCGGCCAGAUAACUCGUCUUGUGGGAAAUCAAAUUCUGCGCUUCCAGGGCGAGGUAAUGUCAAGUUUGUUGCUAGGCGAGCAGACUCGAACAUUGAAAGCGGUAUUGGGACUUUCAUGGGACUUUUGACAAAAGCAGAGUAUUUUUUGAGUAUUGUUUGAUCGUUUUACUUGAAUUCUUUACUUCACGGCGUUUUUGUUAGUCGAAGAGAAUGGGAAACAAAAAAACGAAUGGGGCGGAGUCAAAACCUUCGCCGUUCCCAUGUGACGUCAUAGAAAACAAGCUCAAACAACAGGGAAUAUUAAAGGCGCAUGUUCAAUGGGUCAUGAGACGAAUCGAAUUCUCAUUUUAAAAACGCAAUUUUUCUGUUACCGUGUUCAAAGUGAUUCCGCGAUAUUCAAAAUAGCCGCCAGAUAGUGAAAAAUAUAACUGAAUUUCGGAAUAUUAGAGAUUAUUUUGAAUUUCGCGAAAAUGACUUUGGACACGGUAUGUGCGAGGGCGUCGCGGUGCAUGCACACAAUACAAUACACUUUACGGAAAAAAAUAAAAAAACGCCGUGAUUAUUUUGAAAUUUGAUUAGUUUCCAAUCUGGUAGAUGUAACUUUUGCAAAUUCAAAAUGAAAAAAAUUGCGAUUUUUUUAAAAAGUAAAAAAAGAAAUUUUUUUUUUUUUACCAAAACUUUAUAAUUCUGCCUUGUUUCGAAUUUCAUAGCUGAUUCACGGCUGGCUUGAGCCAUCGAAAAAAAGGGUCCCGACACGAUAAGAAAAGAGACAGUGCCUGAAUGGUGGAGAGUGCAGACAGGUCAUGCCCUCUCAGCGUCCCAAACUAGUUGUGAAUUGGCUAUAAACUCGAAUAUAGUUAAAACUGAUAUUCUUUAGUGAUGAAAUGAUUUCAGAUCAUGGUGCGUCUGAUGUUGGCCGUUUUGGAUGAGAACCCCGACGUCCGAGAAGACGCGAAAAUAUCUCUGGUUGGCUAUUAAGAGAGAAAAAACUGUUCGAAACGUGGCGAUUCAGAGCGAAGUAUUGAAGAAGCAAAUCAAGGGACUGUUCAAGGAUCGUUUCGUGGAGUACAUGAUAUACUUCACGCAGGCCAAACGGGAGAAGAGCGACACGGGUUGAGCAAAUCGUGUAUCUUCGACUUUCUAAUCGCGGAAAUUCAGGAAAAGAGCUCAGCGAGAGGUUGGAGGUCAACUUGGAAGACGGCCAGCCGAUUCCACAGGCGUGGCGCAUCGCCUUGUACAAGUUCAUGGUUUUCCGUCUCAUCCAAGAUUCUUCGAACCGAUCUCUGUUUCAGAUAUCCUCCCUUGAUGACCGCGAUAGAUUCGACGUUAAAAAGAGCAUUUGUCUUAAGGUAGAGAUCAUUUGAUUUAAAAAAAAAGCUGCGAAAAUCGAGCCAACGAAAAAAUCGCCGUGCAAGAAAUAGCUUCGAGUGACGGGCCGCUUAAAUUUCGCGGGCCUAAAAUGGUCCUGAAAGCGCGCUCCGUGGACAACUUGUCCGAAUUUAAGUGAACUAUAUAACUUUCAAAUAUAACUUUCAUGGUUUUCUUCCUCCACGCCACAGAUCUGUCUGUGAGCGAAAUAAACAUUUCAUUUCAUUUAAUUUCAACUUUCCGGGUUUUCGCGCAAUUUUUUUUUUAUUGGGUAUAUGAUUAAAAAAGCUGCGAAAAUCGAACCGUCGAACUGUAAACGAAAAUCGAGCCAACCGAAAAUUGCCGUGCAAGAAAUAGCUUCGAGUGACGAUCCGCUUAAAUUUCGCGGGCGAAAAAUGGACUUGAAAGCGCGCUCUGUGGACAACGUGUCCGAUUUUAAGUGAAUUUCCCGGGUUUUGUUCAAUUUUUAGUUACUAUCCAUGUUUCUGUGUCUUCACGGCUAGCUUGACACGCUAAGGCGGCGUGGCCUGUCUGCGCUCUCCACGAGCCAGGCACUAUCUCGUGCAUUAUCGUGUCGAGACCCAUUUUCGAAUAAUCAAGGAAGUUUGAGAAAAAUGAAAUAAAUAAAAAUGCAUUUUCCAAUUGGACGACUUUUUCCAUGGAGCGCAUUUUGAAACCCAAUUUUUGCCUCCGUCGCGGCUUUUUUUUUUUGCCAUAAUUCAAAAAUAACACGAUCAAAUCAAUCAAGAAAAUGAACCCCUUUCAAACUUACAACUCCGUAACAUGAUUGAGAUAUUUAGGUGUUGAACCCGAUCGCAAACGGAGAAUACGCCUACGAAGAUUCUUGCGUUCAGGCGAUUCUGGAUGACUCUCUGAGGGUUUACCUGGAUGGGAUUCAGAAAAAUAACUGAGACAUGCUUUUCCAGAUAAUGGCUUGCGAUGACAUGCGGGUCCGGGGCGAGGUCGGCGUCGGCGAGACCGACGAGGCUCAGAUGGACGACGUCCCAGACGCCAUCUUGGUCGGUUUCCAGCGGCUCUCAUGCAUUGACUUCUUUUUUCUCUAGGGCGCCGCCCAGAGCGAAAUUCAGAAGGCGUAUCAGCGAGAAUCACUCGAAGUGAUCGUCCCGUCGAUUUUGAACCUCCGCGAGUAUUUGAAAGAAUUCCACUCGCCUCUUCUCCGCACUUGUCUUCUCGCCGUUCGGUUUCCCGCAUCCUACGUCUUUUCAUGAAACGAUAUUAUUCAGAUCGAUCUGCGUCGAACACAAAGGUGACACUGAUGAGAUCCUGAAAGACAACAAGCAGCUCCAGGCCGAGAUGGCCUUUGAGCUCAAAAGAAUUCAGGUAAAUCUCGAAGUCAUACUGUUUUUCUUCUUCAUUGUUUCUUUGCUAGCAAAAACUAUACACUUUUAUUAUGAAAAAAAGGCUUAGGAACUCCAGAGUGGUCCCUAUAGGGGAAGCCUUAGGAGCCCUUGGAGGGUCCCAUCUGGAACCACUUUACUAAACCCUAAAGGAACCACUAAGGCUUGCAAAAAUAGUCUCUAUAGGGGACAGGCUAGUCGAUAAUUGUUAUGAACUCUGAGCUCCAUGGGAAAAAAAAACUGGGAAUUAAGCGUUUUUUGAAUGAGAUUGAAAGACCCCUUUAGUGCCCACUUGAGCUUUAGGGGCAAAUUCAGACCUUAAAGCCCUAUAGGGACCACUCUGAAAUUCCUGAGCAGGAUACUAAAAGUUCAAAUAAGACCAAGUCCAUCUUUAAAAAAAGGACAUAUAUGAAAUCCGACGAGAAGUUUUCAGGAGAGGAAAGAAGAAGCCUACAAAAUCAUCCAUGCUCAUUGGAAGAAAGUCGUCGAGUACAACAAGAAACAGAACAUAGAAACGUGAUUUUCAUCAAGCUCCCCUGGCUGAUUUUUGCAUUCAGACCUGUCGAGGAAGCUGUAGACCAAGUCGAAAUGGAAGAAGAACCGCCCGUCGAGCAGCCCGAGUCGGUUCUUUCGUCACCUGCGACGAAAACUUCGAAAAUGCCGCUCUCUCCGAAAACAGUCCGAAAAUUGGUUUUCAAAAUAAAAAGUCGUUUCAUAAUGAUUAUUCCAUCUUAGCGACGAUCUAUAUCGGCUCUUGUUGCUGGAAAUAUCCUCGGUCUGAAACCCCUCUGUUUGGAUGGUUUGUCCUAAAUGUUUCAUUGCUUAUCAGUAAGUUUCAGACACGCAAGAUGAAGCUGAAAAAACUCCAAGGCAGAGUGAAAAGAGGGAACAGCGAGAGAAUCCAGCCGACGAGUCUCAAAAGAUGGAUAGCGAGACUCCCAAAACCUCCUUCCGACGGCUGAGCAGUCGAAGAUGCACGUCCAACCCUGUCAACGUUUCCCAGAAGGCUCCUUCUGCGCAAUCGACGCCAGUUGUUGCCCUUGCCGGCAGUUCCGAGGCUGCCUUUGCAGCUUCUGAUCAAGUAGGCGGCGAUUUCUUAUAGCUUGAGCCAUCGGAAAAAAGGUCCUGUCACGAUAGGAAAAGAGAUAGUUCCUGGCUGGUGGAGAGGGCAGACAGGCCAGCAUUCCAAGUUAGCCGUGAACCAGCUAUACUAAACUUCACGAUGUCUUGAAACCGUGUGAAGAGUUAUGAGGCAACUAUGCAUUUAUUUUCAGAACGAAGCUGGACCAAAUGCCGACGCAGGUCAGGAAAACUGCGACAGCGCAGGUAUGACUUCAGCUCCCACUUCCGAACCCAUUCGAAAUGUUAAGAAAGCGUCGACGGACCGCGACGCUCCAGAGAAGGCAAACCGGACGGCGACGAGAGCUCGCCUGCGUGGAAGAAGCCGCGUCUCGACGAAACUCGGAACGUGACUGUUCGCCGUAGUGCACGUCUCUCCAACUGCACAAAUGUCACGGUCAACACGUCUACACGCGAGAAAAAUGUACUGAGAUCAUUUAUUGAAAUCAUUGAAAAUUCACUCAAAAUGUUCUUUGUUCUAAUACGGAAUCUAAAUAUGGCGCCUUGAAAAAAAUAACUAUUUGUUCCUAAGUCUUAGAACUCGCUUUGAAACGGAGGAAAGUGAAAUGAAUUUUUAGGGUUUUCUGAAAAUUCUGAUUUUUAGGGGAAUCAGAAUUUUCCAAAGCACAUCUUCGGAACAAAGAAAAACCAAAAAGUUGUUUUCUACGUGUGUUAGGAAUUUGAGAGUGGUCCCUAUAGAUGUUAGGAAAAAAUGAAAAAGAGGUCCCUAUAGGGGUAAAAUCAAGUAAUCCCUCUAGGAGUUCAGGGUCUGAUCCAUUAGCCCUUAAAGCUUAAGUCAAGUCGACUAGCAUGACUCCUAUAGAGGCGUCUAACUGAAACCCCUAUAGGGACCACGUUUGCGAGCUUUAAUGGUCCCUAAUGGGGAUGGUAAAGGGGUCAUUCAAUUUUAUUCAAGAAAGGUCUCUUGUUUUCGCAAGGAAACGUAUAGAGUUCAAAAAAUUUAUCGACUAGCAUGCCCCUAUAAGGGCCACUAACUAAAACCCCUAUAGGGUCCACUUUUGAUAGCUUUAGUGGACCCCAUAGGGAUUCGUACAUUGGGCCUAGAGCCCCUAAGGUUGCCCCUAUAGGGACCACUCUGGAGUUCCUAAGCAGAAUCUUACAAGAAUCUUAGGUCCAUUACUGAUUCAAAUAGAAAGCUCCCAUAUCGAAAAUUUUAGAAGACGAAAAGCAGUACAACGAAACCGAAUCCAAUGGAAACGACAAUUCUCGACGAAUCGCUAUUGCCGAACGGAGGCCGGCUGUGCUCAACGCCGUUGCCAGAGAAGAACAACCUUGAUGUGAUUGGGAAUUUUAUCAGCUUCGUCAAUGUCUUCAUUUCGUUUCAGUUGACUUUCGGAGAUCUCGACAUGUCCCACAUCGACUCAGUUCCCGCCUCUUCUAGAAGGCCAUCAACGCGUAAUUUGAGAUUUGGGUUAUAUCAAUGAACUGGAACUUUCAGGCAUCAAUCGAAUUUUGCACGACAUCGAAGAGUAA